GGGGGGGGGGGGGCGGGGCUGUCUGAGCUAACAGGCCGGCUGCAGGGAGACUUAGCAGUUAGCCGGGCUGUCCUGGUCCUCCCGGUGUAGGUCCAGAUGCCGGCGGUUCUGGACAGAAACCCCGAGGUUCCGGGGAAGAGGAGAGGCCGAGCCCCGGCGGGAACCGGGCCCGGAGGAGCGGCCAGCGGCGGCGGGAAGAGCCUGUCCGGUAAUGGAAUCAGUAGCAGCUGGGAAGAAGGAAGUUCAGGCUGCAGCAGCGACGACGAGCACGGUGGAGGGGGGAUGCGGGUCGGACCGCAGUACCAGGCCGUGGUUCCGGACUAUGACCCGGAAGUGGCCAAGGCGGCGCAGCUCAGGGACAACCUGGGGAUGCUGGUCUGGAUCCCCAGCAGCAGCCUGAACCGGACGCAACUGGAAGAGUACGUUGCCCUCGCCAAAGAGAAACAUGGCUACAACAUGGAGCAGGCUUUGGGGAUGCUCUUCUGGCACAAACACAACGUAGAGAAAUCCCUGGCGGAUCUACCGAACUUCACACCAUUUCCUGACGAGUGGACGGUGGAGGACCGGGUCCUGUUUGAACAAGCCUUCAGCUUCCACGGGAAGAGCUUCCACCGUAUCCAGCAGAUGCUACCCGACAAAUCCAUGGCCAGUCUAGUCCGGUUUUACUACUCCUGGAAAAAAAGUCGUAGUAAAACCAGUCUGAUGGACCGACAGACCCGGAAACAGAAGCGAGAACGGGGCGACAGCAGUGAUGACGAAGCAGACGAUGGAAAUGCAAAUAUGCCCAGCGACUUAGAGUUCGACUCCAAUAAAGAGGAGAAGAGGGAGGUGAGUUCUGGAUCAGAGGGCUUGGAGGUGAAACCAGCGUCUGGUCUCAAGCCAGGUGGGAAGGCGUCUCAGCGGAUGAAGAAACGUCCUCCUCGGGGAAUGUUUCUGAAUCAGGAGGGCGUGGUUUCUCUCUCAUCCUCAUCUGCUCAGGGACUCAUCAGACAGCUGGACAGUCAGGUGGUCUCCAUCAAGAGACAGGUUCAGACCAUCAAACAGACCAACAGUUCUCUGAAGGAGAAACUCAGCUCAGGAGUAGAAGAGUUCAGGCAGCCUGAGAUGAGUCAGAAGUUCAACAAUCGUUGGACCACAGAGGAGCAGCUUCUCGCUGUGCAAGCCAUCAGGAAGUAUGGGCGGGACUUCAAGGCCAUCUCGGAUGUGAUUGGUAAUAAGUCUGUGGUUCAGGUGAAGAACUUCCUAGUGAACUACAGAAGGAGGUUUAACCUGGACGAGGUUCUCCAGGAGUGGGAGGCGGAACAUGGGAUGGAGGGAAGAGAUGGGGGAGGAGAGGACGACAAGAUGGAGGUUUGUGCCAUCGAUGAAGAGGAGGCUGCAAAACAGACAAAGGAGGAUCCCAAGCAAGAGCCUUCAAAAGCUUCAAUACAUUCAGAACAGCUGCUAGGAUCCUGAUGAGAGUGUAAAUACGACCACAUCACUCCCAUCCUCCACUCCCUGCACUGGCUCCCCAUCUCCUCCCGGACACAGUACAAAAUAUCCCUGUUAACCUACCAAUGCGUCCAUGGCAACGCACCCCCUUACCUGAAGGAGCUGAUCCACACUCGGCCCCGCACCCGUUCAGCAAACAACAACCUCCUCAAACCCACCAAGACUAAACUGGUCACUAUGGGAGACUAAACUGGUCACUAUGGGAGACCAGGCCUUCUGCUCCGUUGCCCCUGAACUGUGGAACUGCCCACCUGAGAGAACCACAGUCAAUUGACUCUUAGGAGUAGACUCAAGACCCACCUUUUCAGUAAAUCACACGCCAGAUGAUUUGCCAUUGAUUUUUAUGACUUUUUUACCUUUUAGUGACUAUACUGCUGCUUUGUGUUGAUUUUCUUGCCUUGAAUGCUGUAGCACUUGGAGAUUCACUUAAUGGAAAGUGCAUUAUAAAUUAAAUUCAUUAUUAUUACUGUGAUACAACAAUCCAUCAAAGGGUGUCCCGGGUCAAACCUCACAGAGCACCUACAGAUUUAUUGUCUGUGUUUCAUGUCAGUCGCCUGCAUCAGAAUAAACGGAGAAACAAACUAUAAUCUUGACUGUAUUGAUUUAAUGUUGUAACAACCAUCUCUGAGGUUCUCCUGCUGUGACCCAAACUAAACCAGUUAAACCCAGACGUGGACACUAGUUGUAAGAAUUCCACUGGAAAUUGAUUUGUUUGCUCUUUUUCUAGUUUAGACUGGGGGCUUUUAUGACUCUGGCCAGUUUGAUUAAAGGUCAAACACUUCAGACUUCUUACUACUAUUUCUCUUACUCUUUUCAUUCUUUGGUGUCUGGACAGAAAUUUGGCACUUUUAAUUGGCCGCAGUUUUGACAAACCCAACCAGAAAUGCAUCAAAACGACCUGCUUGAUUGGGAAAGAUGUGCAUUGACUUUUGGUGGCAAUUUGUAAAACUAUUCACAAAAUUUGCAGAAAUGUCUAUAUGACCAAUCUGAUUGGUGGAGUGCUAGCCCUUGACUAGCGAAUCAGAAUUAACCGGAACUGAUGAUGGUAAAGGUACUAGCUAAACAGCGACGGCACAGGCGCUACACUACACUCUUAUCAUGGCAUUGGUCUGAUUGUGUUUGAUUGUGUUAUAUUUUCAUAUUUUCGUUGUAUUUUAGAUCCUUCCUGACUUCUACCAGAUGUGAAAACACUGGGGGCAUGGUGGUGCAGCUGGUAGUGCAGUCGUCUCACAGCAAGAAGGUCGUGGGUUUUAUUCCCGCCGGGGACGCUGUGGGCGAUGAAUUGCGUGUUAGUUCCCUCAUGACUUCAGCACACCCACACCCUGGGUGGGGUUGGAGAAGGGGCCUUUCUGUGUGGAGUUUGCAUGUUCUCCCCGUGUUCCCUUGGGUAGUUAAUGUGAGCUUCCCUCACAAAAACAUGCAACAGUCCUGGUUCUACUGCCCCCUUUGGCCAACCGGGGAACAGAUGGGGUGGGAGGAUCUGGCCGGAAUAACGUGAUCCUUCCACGCGCUACGUCCGGCCGGAGAAACCCCACCCUGUCUGGUGGAAAGAAGCUGCUGCUGCUGCUGCUGCUCCUCCUCAGGUUAAGGAGGAGACCAGUGCAGGAACUCCUGGGGUUGGUAGAGGGAGCAAUGCCCAGGACUGAUACUUAAGAAGGAGCACUGGGUGAUAAAAUGGGAAAAAACCGGGAUAAAAAUAUAUAAAAAAAAGAAAAAUGUGAAAACACCGACUGUCCUGACACUGUCCUGAUUCAGGCCUCUAGACUACAGCGAUCAUGUUGUACUUUCCUUUUGUGGGUGACACCACAGAUUAGCGCCGCCUGCAGUUAUGGGGAUGUAUUACGCCUUGUGCAGGCGCACAACGUACGCUCCAGUCGGCGUCAGGUUGGUGUUUGGUAGUAUUUUUAUGACCAACUCAGGGAGACGGCAACCGACUUUCAGUCCGCCUGCUUUUUUGCUGACGGUCGGCCAUUGGGUUGGUGUGUUCGGGCCCUAAGAGUGAUAAGUGAGAGAUCUAUUUGCUCAUACAUAUAGUGCCACCUUGUGGUGAAAGGAAGAAGCAACCUUAAUGUUUGAAUGGGCCCUACCUCUCAGAAUCAUCAAACCUGUGAAAUGUUUUUGAGAAAAAGUUGAUGCUGCUUGAAGAAAAAUAAGGGCAUGUACAUUUGGGGGCGUGGCUGUGACAGCGUGGCUAAUUGACAGCAGGAAGUUGCUGCUCCAACAUAUUUUCUUCAUGUGGCAAAACAAAACAGGAGCUGAUUCACACCUUGAUGACUAAUUGUUCUGAAAUGAUGACUGUGGCUAUGUGUCGCUAAGGUAAAUUCUGAGGAAGCAAUUGAGUUACAGCUCUGAUCACUCGUAGGAAAUGUGAGGUCUUCAGGACGAUGCGUGCAAGAGCCCCACCAGAACAGAUCCGUGAGCUCAUAAUUACCGCCCGCCAUGUGGUGAAAGGAAGAAGGUAGAUUGCGUGUGCUUUCCUAAGAAGGACGGGAAGAAUUCCAGAUAUUUUGAGAAGGUGCUUAAUGAGUUGAUAAUGUCUCACAGAAAUAUUGGGAAGGGUACAUUGAAGGGCAUGGUCAUGGCGUUAGUAUAGGACCUCCUUAAUACAAUAGAGGUGAAUGUGUGUGGGGGGGUGAUACCACCUAAGGCAGGACCGAAUCAACGUUGCCUGCACUUUAGUUUGUAUUUGAUCAAUGUUUAAACGAGACUGAGAUUGCACUCUGCCGCUCUCACAUGCACAUGCGUCAUAGUCCUGGACGCCGCUGGUUGUGUACGCAAACAGACACCAACGCCACUCCCAGCCAAACCACAACGUAACAAACAAUGGAAGCGGAGUAAAUGACAUUAGAUCAAAUAAGUACGUAGGCUUUUCUUCUGCGUUGUGGUUUCUUAGUAGACGUUUGCUGAGGAGGUGAACGUGGACUGAACAUGCGUAGCUGACUGAACUAACUCAUAGCCGGUGCUGUUGAACCGACAGAAGAACUCUAAACUCUCCACUGGCACCAGGUGAACCCGUUCUGAGAGGAUGAGGAACUUCUCCUGCUGGUAGUCUUCAUCUUUGUCCAGUUUUGCUUCAACUCGGUACAGUUUCAGCAAUACCUCUGCAUUAAGUCGGGUUUUAGUUGGACUAAGACAAUAAAUCAGUUUUUACUGUCAAAGCAUCUAAAUGUCCUGAUCCAAUGAUCCUGAUCCACCUUAGAACCUGCUGCUCAUGGUUGCUCUGG